CAAUUUUAGUAUCUGGUAUGUUGAACUUAAUGGCAUUGAUGAUCCAGAUGUGGUCCAACCGUGCCUCAACUGGUACAGUAAGUAGUACCGUGAACAGGAAGCCAUUCGCCUUUGCCUAAAGCAUUUUCGUCAGCACAACUACACCGAAGCUUUUGAGUCGCUGCAGAAGAAAACCAAGAUUGCUCUGGAGCACCCUAUGUUGACAGACCUGCAUGACAAACUGGUAUUGAAGGGAGACUUCGAUGCUUGUGAAGAACUGAUAGAAAAAGCUGUGAAUGAUGGCUUAUUCAAUCAGUAUAUCAGUCAACAAGAAUACAAACCUCGCUGGGGGCAGAUCAUCCCCAAAAGCACCAAAGGUGAUGGGGAAGACAGCCGACCAGGGAUGAGAGGUGGCCAUCAGAUGGUUAUAGAUGUUCAGACAGAAACUGUUUAUUUGUUUGGUGGCUGGGACGGAACUCAGGAUCUGGCUGACUUCUGGGCAUACAGUGUGAAAGAAAACCAGUGGACCUGUAUAUCCAGGGAUACCGAGAAAGAGAGUGGUCCUAGCGCCAGAUCUUGUCACAAGAUGUGCAUUGACAUUCAACGAAGGCAGAUCUACACACUGGGACGCUAUCUGGAUUCCUCCGUGAGGAACAGCAAAUCUCUGAAAAGUGACUUCUAUCGCUAUGACAUUGACACAAACACAUGGAUGUUACUAAGUGAAGACACUGCAGCGGAUGGAGGUCCAAAGCUGGUGUUUGAUCAUCAGAUGUGUAUGGAUUCUGAAAAACACAUGAUAUAUACCUUUGGAGGCAGAAUUCUGACCUGCAACGGCAGUGUUGAUGACAGCAGAGCCAGUGAACCGCAGUUCAGUGGAUUGUUUGCUUUUGACUGCCAGUGUCAGACAUGGAAACUUUUGAGAGAGGAUUCCUGUAAUGCUGGACCUGAGGACAUCCAAUCCCGAAUAGGACACUGUAUGUUGUUUCAUUCUAAAAAUCGCUGCUUAUAUGUAUUUGGUGGCCAGAGAUCGAAGACUUAUUUGAAUGACUUCUUCAGUUAUGAUGUAGACAGCGAUCAUGUGGAUAUCAUAUCAGACGGCACUAAGAAAGAUUCAGGGAUGGUUCCAAUGACAGGUUUCACUCAAAGGGCUACCAUUGAUCCAGAACUGAAUGAAAUCCAUGUCUUGUCAGGGCUCAGUAAAGACAAGGAGAAGCGGGAAGAGAAUGUAAGGAAUUCCUUCUGGAUUUAUGACAUUGUGAGGAACAGCUGGUCUUGUGUCUAUAAAAAUGACCAAGCAGCAAAAGAGAAUCCAGGUAAAAGCCUUCAGGAAGAGGAACCCUGCCCAAGGUUUGCUCAUCAACUGGUGUACGAUGAGUUGCACAAGGUUCAUUACUUAUUCGGAGGGAAUCCUGGUAAGUCCUGCUCUCCAAAGAUGAGAUUAGACGAUUUCUGGUCUCUGAAGCUCUGUCGACCUUCAAAGGAAUACCUGCUAAGACACUGCAAAUACCUCAUAAGAAAGCACAGGUUUGAAGAAAAAGCUCAGACUGACCCUCUUAGUGCACUGAAGUACCUGCAGAAUGACUUGUAUGUAACUGUGGAUCACUCAGACCCUGAGGAGACAAAAGAGUUUCAGCUUCUUGCCUCAGCAUUAUUUAAGUCUGGUUCGGAUUUCACCACUCUUGGAUUUUCAGAUGUUGACCACACGUACGCGCAGAGAACUCAGCUGUUUGAUACACUAGUCAACUUCUUUCCAGACAACAUGACCCCUCCUAAAGGCAACCUGGUAGACCUCAUCACGCUGUAACGGAGCAAUCACUGGACUGUGGAAGAGGGGAAAAGCAUCCAUUUUCAGUAUUUUAAUUUUUUUACUGCAUUGAUUGACUGCUGGGAUGAAGUAAUAUAGCAACCCCUAGGUGUUUGAGAGGGGUUUUAUACUUGUAUGGUGAAUCCCUGAAGCUUUUCCCUUGGAGUAGGUUAAUAAAAUGUAACUGACGUACUUCCAACUAAAUAUAUAUAUUUUUUCUGACUUUGGAUUUUGAGUUAGCAAAUGUAAGAUGAAAAGGUGGGGGGAAAGAAAAAAAAAUAAAACCCAAUCAUGCAGUGAUCGCUUUUGCCUGUAGAGGAGAAUUGAGAUUUGUGGGUUGUCUGGAAUUAAAGAUGAUGGGUUUUAUUUUGGGUUUCGUGAGGAAGGGUGGGAGGUUCUUUGCUCAUUUGUAGCUAGUCAUGAUAUAUUGCUUUAUCCUACAACUCCAUCCUCAGCAGCUGAGUAACUUGGCGGCAGGACACUGGCACGCGUUGAGGUAAUAGUAAUCUAUGUGUCUUGAGUCUUGUAAUCGCAGUGUGUCAUGUGAAGGGGAGCGCGUGUUACAAAUCACAUCUCCUCGUCCCAGAACUGGGCUGACAGUAGUGUCUAAUUGCAUCUGAUAUCUGGUCUAAACCUAAAUGCCUAUCUUCCAUUCUCUGGAGCCUUCCACUUAGACCUGACAGGCAAGUGGGAACCUCAGAGAAACUGCUGGAAAAUGGGAGUGCAGUCAUUGUCUGCACAGGCCCCUUUUUGGGGUUUGUUCUGUUUUCACUGCCGUGCUCUUCUGAUGAGAAACCAUGCAGGUCCUCGCAGAGCCCGGCAGAACUGGGUCUUCCACCACACGCACACCUAACCUCUGCAACCUGACUCCAGGUUGGGUGUAGGAUUUCUGAAGCAGAUUGUCUUCGUUUACGUGCACCUAUGCUUCUGUGUGCGUUUGUCAAUGUGUAAAUGUAAAGAGGAUUGCUCCCAACAGCUUGUCUCCUUCCUAUGUAGUGCAGCUCAUUCACUUUUAAAUGCAUUUUAGACCUAGAUCUGAAUGUGAGGGAAGCCUUUUUAGCAUAAACCUCUUUGAAAGCAAGCUGAUGCGUAUGUAUAGAAAAUACAUGCUUCCUCGCUUGAAAGCCUUCUUUAUAAAUAAGGUAAGGGCUUGGUGCUGCACUAUGAAGUGGAAUGCAGGAUACGCGUACCCAGCAUUAGAAACUUUUUGCAUUUGGUGUCAGUGAGCAUUCAGUACAACCUGGCGGAUGUAAAUAUUUAUAUGAGACUGCAAAGCUUUACGUCCAGAAAUGUUCAUGCCAGUAGGGUAUCAUUGCUGCACCCACUGUGGCUACACGACUCCUGUUGAACUUGAUGGAAGUCUUGUGUGUGCAAAGAUGAUUUGAACUCUUGAAAUAAAGAGUUAGUGAAGUGUCUUUUUCAGAGCUCGAGUGUCUGCUUGCUUUGAUUGCAUUGUACUGCCUCUUUAUCAUGUUCUUUGUGUGGCUUUUGUAGUCCUGGUAAGUUAGAAAUAAAUUAAAAAACUCAUACUAGUGUUUAAUCACUUAGAAAGGAACAGUAUGUUAAAGGCUGGGCUUUGCUUUGUCUUCAGAGAGGACAUGAGACUGUUUAGGCAUUGUAUACUUCAGUGGAUGGCAAACCAGAUGUCUGUGGAAGAAUCCACUCAGUGCAGUAAAUGAAAUCUGAUGAAAUUGUUUCUUUGAAACAUUGCAUUUUUUUUUUUCCCGGUGACAUGGAAAGUUUUAUGUCACUGCUAGGCUUUACGAAGUGCCACCUUUGCUGACACUUUGUUAACUAGUUAAAGUAGAGCUUAUAUGGUACGAAUGUAGAUACUGAUGGUGCUAUACUGGGGGAAUAUUCCAAUUGCGGUGUUGUUUCCAUUGAGGUUGAACUGAGCACUUUCAAUGCAACCAGCCAAAAUGCUGCAGCCCUCUAGCACUUAACAUUUUAGUGCUGUUGUGCUCCCUUAUCACUUGAUCUCAUUGCCUGUGUAUUCUCCAUCUUCUGUCAGAUGAUUAAUUGCUUUUUGUGACUGUUUACUAAGAGCUUGGUUGAUUAGAAAACUUUAUGUGUGUACCUUCGAUGACUACGUGUGAGGCUGAACCCAAAAGAUACAACUAGUCUGAGGAGCCUCGGUGGCACACAGUGGAAGUUCAGGAAUGCCAAAAGCUUUGUGAAUGGUGUUGCUGGUGAGCAAUGCGUCGUGUCAGGCUUGGUUUGUGUUCCAGAAAUUCGAUCAAAACUCAUUGUCCUCUGCGUCGGGGGGUGCAUGCAAAGCCUGAGAGCCUGGCUCAGUUUUUUGUAGCAUAGCGUAAAUGAAUGAUUUGUCAGAGCGAGGUGAACAUUGCUUCUGCAGGAUUGACAAUCCCAGCUAAUGAGAGCACUUCAGGAUGAUCAAAUAUUGACCUGCCUUUAUCCUGAGCAGAUUGAUUUCAGCUCGCACGAGUACAGUUUAUGGAUUACAGCUGGUGAUUAACCAGCAGAAACUAUGUGCUCAGCUUCAGAGUAUUUGUUGAGCAGCAGAGGCACCCUGUGGCCAGAGAGGUUAAUCCAAAGUGAAGGUUUCUUGUGGCUUUGCCAAGGGUCUUCCCUGGUUCUGUGUCCUUAAAGCUAGGAGUCAAAAUUAAAUGAUUUCUUUGCAUUGGUGUAUGCUACACUACCUGAUUUAAAAACUAAUUAAAAAUUCUGAGCAGUGAAGCAUAAAUUUCCUUUCAAAAUAAGCCAGUUAUUGACAAGCAGUUACAGGGAGAGUUCUUAAUUUAAUUACAUGCAGAUCUUUAAAGAUACUGGUGGUAUUCCAGGAAAGUUAGAUGCGAGCAUUACAGAAAUAUUGAAGUACAAACAGAAAAGAGACCCACUUGAUCUGAAAACAGCCACCUGAAAACGUUUCACAGCACAGUGCAUGCAAUGUUAUAAAUAUACAAGCUGUAUGUGGGAAGUCUUCGAGCCUCACCCUUACUGCUUGCAGGCUGUAGCAGAGACGGCUCUUUAGCUUACACAAGACAAGCAUACUAUAUUUGCUUUUACCUUAUAUUGUAAGGUGACUUUGUGUAUGGAUUUAACACCGGCUAAUCUUUGCACUACAUUAGUUUAUCUCCAAAUUAUGUGCUAACUUGUAAAUAAGGUAUUGCAAAAGAAAGCAUCGUUACCUGUCAGAGAGGGACUCAUUUAUGGUGACUCAGGUCUUUAAAGCCAAAGUUACAAGGUUCUGGUAUGUUUUUUUUAAAGCUGUAGGAAGUCAGGGUGGAAUAAACUUGAUACAGACAUCAAGACUUCAGUCCUGGUUUAACUUUUUUUUUAAAAUCCUUUUGAGAUCCAUGAGUUUGGUUCUUCACUGCCUCUGGCCUUCAGCAUAGUUGCCCUUACAAUCUUAUUCAGUAGAUCAUCUCUUUGGAAAACAUGAAAUUCUUCUUCAUGCAAAGUUGUUCCUAUCAAGUGACAUGUUCUAGAGAAAUAAAACUCUUUGGAUUUGAUUUUUGGUCACUUGGAUUAGGCAGAAUUAAGUGAGUUUUUUAAUGAUUGUCUUGUACAACCCCUCGUAGUAGUCAUGAGGCAGAAGUCCUUAAGAGUUCUUCCAAAAUGACUUCUCCAAGCAAGUACUGCUAUCGUAGUGUGACCUAACACAUUUUCACGUGGCAGGUGGCAGAAGGACUUACUUAGAUGUUUUUGUUACAAAUGAGGAGACUAUAGCCACCUCCUUGCCCUUUUUUUUUUUUUUUGAGGGUCCCAUUAAUUAGUAUUGCUUCUGGUGAGACCUGAAGGGUGAUGCGAAGUAGUUAUUGAAAUUAGUUGUAGCUUUUCUCUUCUGGGUCUUUGAAAGAUAACAUUUGUGAUGUAUUUAUUCUUAAACAUCUCUUCCUUUUGCUGAGUAUAAUGAGGAAGGAGAACUUUGUCUCAGAAAAGUUUAGUUUGCCCUUUUUCUGGACAGCAUCCCAUAUGUGUCGUUUAGAUAGUGAUAUCCAGUUGUGUAAAUAAAUGGGAUUUGGUUCUGUUUGCCCGGCAUGGCUCUUUGUGCACACCUGAUACACGCUAGCUCAGGGGUCAAGCUGGAGGUUCCUACCAGAUCAAUUAACAAAAUCAUGCUCUCGUUUUGGAAAAUCAAUCUGUGAAGACCCGAUUGGAAAAGCUUUUCUAAGGUAUUUGCCUUGUGCAGCGGCAACUAGAGUGAAAUUAGGAAACUUUCCCAAAGAACACACUAAAGCUUGCCUGUAUGAAGAUUGUGCUGGAGUAAGGAUGCAGUGAGAGGCUUAAAUUAAACGGCUGACAUUUUUUGAUCGUUGAUUGUAAUAGCCUAGCCUAAAAACUUAAUGACUGAGGAGUCAGUGAGCAAAUGAAUUGGACCGCUUAUUUGCAGGAGAGCAGGCUCUUUGUAGAAGCACUGGGGCUAGUGGCAAGGGAUCGCGAUAGCUUUAUCUGUGUUUUUCUUUAAUCAGCAGCCACAAGUGUCAGGGUCUCCAUUAGCUGUUUCUUCUUCCAGAAGAGACUCCUUCCAAAGCAGAGUAAUGACUCUGGAAGAGUGUUUUCCGUAGGGCUUUGUGGAACAGCUGUUUUCUGAAUCAUUUUCCUGAUGCGUGCAAAUUUUGUAGAAGGGAGUUUUCUUUAUCACAAAAUUGUACACCACUCUUGCCCUGCUGUGCAAACUUGCACUUGAGUGCUGCAGGCAACGAGUGAUAAAUUCAGAGCAGUGUUCUGAGAAACACUUGAAACUUGUUUGCUGCUCUUAUUGUAAGAAAGAUUAGCAUUAAUGCCACUUGUUUCAAAUACAGGAGGGUGGCAGGUACCUGUAACGCUAAUAGUAUUAACUCUCUUGCUGCCUCCUGUAUUUCAGAAUUGAGAAGGAAAUACUUUUGUAGAGCUUAUCGAAUGAAACUUUUAGUAUGAAUUAGCGCUGUGCAACCUUAAACUUGAAUGCUCCUACAUCUCUGCACAUGCAGUAAUUCUGUUGAUAUAAUGCUGUGCUCCUUCUGGGGAAAAUGGCAAAAAUUAUUAGAUACAUUUCCAUUCGGUACCUUUGUUUUUAGAAGUGGAAAAAUGUCUUGUGAAACCUUGAGUCCUGGUGUAUGCUUUGAAUUUUAGCUUAUUAAUUGUGGUUGGCUCGGAGCUGAGGAAUGUUUGGCUAUUGUCAAGUGAAGUCCUGACAGUAAAAGCAAUUCAUGUAUGUCUCUGGAAGUGCUUGUGUUGUUUUAUAGCUGUAGUUGUUACAGAAACAGAGGUGGGCCCAGUUUAAAAAAAGAAAAAGAAAAAAUUAUUGCUGUUCUGAUUAGGGGAAAAAUUGUAGAAAUUCUGAACAAGCUUGGCCAAUUUCGAUAAGCACACAUGAUAAUUUGGAGAUGGGUCUUAUUUUGUGAAAGGAGAGUUUAAGAACAACUAUAGGACUUGUUCUUGAUAUAGAUUGAUAGUAGUAUAUAAGCUGUAAAUAUUGUUGAAAUGUAAAUGUACUGUCAGAAGCUUGUUAUUACUGUAUCUAAAUGCCUAUAGGUAUGGUAGACCUGAUCAUAUCCUGUCAUGGAAAAGGUUAUGCUGCAAAUUAUUCAAGCUGUGGUAAUGACUUAUAGGCAAAGAUCCCUGUUUUACUGAAAGCCUCUAUUAUAAUGAAAAGCUGGAGUGGAAAAAGUAGGUUUACUGUACUGGAACACUGGCUCAGCACUUAGAUAAAUUGUCUCCAGAUGCUUUUAUCUGUAGGCAGUGGAUCCAACCGUGGUUUUAGAGUGGAAGCCAGUUAAUGACCUGCUUGUUGCUGUUUGAGAGUCGCACAAGAAAACGUCGCAGUUGAUGCCAGCAGGUGUCCUUUCAGCGUUCCUGGCAGAGGUCAAAGAAGCGCGUGGAAUUUUGGAUUUUCCACGUAUGCUUUGGUAUACGUAAACCUCUGAAGAGGAUAGUGGUUGCGGGAGUUGUAUAUAACGCCAGCUUGUAUGGCUUAGGCGUGGAGGUCUGCAAGGCAGCAUCGUCCCCAAGCACAGGUCCUAAAGGUAACACAUUGCUGCUCUCUCCUUUGCUUUCAUAUAUCUGAACUCGAUUUGUUAGUGAUGAACUCCAGAUACUUGCUGUGACCCAAAUUCAGCUCUCUGCUUCCGAAUAUCUACAGCCACAGACUUGCUUAAGCUGCUGUCAGUGUAUCACUUCAGUACCCUGAAAUCUUAAUUUCUAGUUGGUGCUGACAAAGGUACAUGUUGUCUUGGCUUCCAGCUGUUUGCUAAAAGUCAGCACAGCUUUUACUGACGACCUGGAGACUGCAAGUAUUUGAGUGCUGUCAGAAAUCAGUUGGCUCUGUUCAGCUCUAGCGUGGCAUCGCAGUUCAUUCCUGGGAAAGGUGGCGUGAGUGAAUAGCUCAAAACUGGCUCUACCAGGUUACAUUUUUGGUUUUGCUACUAAUUUGAAAGGAAAAUCUCUCACUAGCAUAUAUACUGUCCAGCGUGAUGGUCAAAGCAUGGUCCCUUGGGUAUUCCCCCGUUCAUUCCGACUUUUUCUUUCCCUGUCUGACUGUUCACUGCUAUUAAAAUGCUGUGCCUUCAGAUUUCCCUCGGUUUAAUAGAGUACCUACUGAAGAAUUAAAGGUUAGAGCUGCGUGGUGGUUAUUGAGGCAUCAGGUUCUCCAUGUCAUAUGAUCAUACCCUAGUUGCUUCCUUCGCAAAACUCCUUACUGCUGCCUCUGAAGCAGUCAGGGAGGAUCCUUGUGAUUUACGUUGUUCUCCCCAAGGGCUGUUCCUCCUCCGAGGUAAGGACGGGGGGAAGCGUGGGAGCUGAAAUUCCAGCAGCAGCAUGGUGUGUUGUCUGUGUAAUGCUGCAGCAUACACCUCGUUACUUGUGCCCCUCCAUGCCCCAGUGUUCAGGGCUGUGAUAAGCCUUCCCUCCUGUCUCAGCAGGGUUUAUUUUGCAUGGCACCAGGAGUGUGAUAGCUGUUUGACAGAAGACAAAUACAAUUUUACUGACUCUCAAGUUCAUUUAAAUAAUAGUCCUAGCUUUCUGCCACCUGCUUUCAUAAUCCCGAAUCUUUCACCGGUGGAGGCAAACAGCUAGUAGUUGGGGUGUUUGGUUUAUUUCUGCAGUGUAGCAGGGCAGAGGGAAUGGGAAGAGGAAUAGGCUUGGGGAUAAUGCAGUGAUAGCUCAUGUGAGUGUGUGUUUAAGAUGUGGUUUGUCUUUUGUGGAAGGACUUUGAAGACUAUUAACAAGUAGGUCUGCUAUUUAGAGUUGAUUUUUUUUUUUUUCACGCGAGCUGGAUUCUCUGGCUCUUUUUCAAAUGGAAGUGAUGUAAGACCAGGAUCUUCUAGUCCUGGAGCUUCACCUCGAGCUUUGGCCCUCUCCACUCUAAAGACAGUAGAGAGACUAAUAGAAUUUUUUUCUCCCCAGUCCCUCUGCAGUGAUUGCAAAGAAGCCAGUUGGGCUUAAAACUGUUUAAACAUACUGGAGGUUGUGCAGCACAAUCAGCUAUCAGACCAGGUCUGGCAGUCUUAAGAGACUGUUAAAACCUAAAUAUGUUCUGAGCUUUCUGAUGAAAGCUGCCGGUGAGAUUAAGGGAGAUUAGCUGCUUUUUAAUUAAUAUGAUGGUGGGAAGGCUAGACUACAACAGUGGCUCCAGUGGUUACAGCCUUCUCCACGUCCCAAAUACCAAUGGACAGGUUUUUCUCCCUAAUGAUGAGAAAAUACACUUUAAAUAUCCUGACUUUGUAACUAGCUGCCCAAGGGGUUCAAUGAAUUACUUCGUGUUUCACUAAAUAGAAAAGUGCUGCAGCAUGUGAACAGGUCUGUUCAUUGAAAAAGCUGCUUUGAGGCUGAAAAGUGGGUUUUUUUUUUCUGAGGUUUUGACAAAAAACUGAGCUCAAAAAAGGGGAAAAUGGCUCUUAUCAACCUGUGCUUUCUCAGUUGCAAGUCAGUGACUUCACUGCAAAUAGUCCAGUCUGAACAUCGGCUGAUCCUUCUACCUCUGCUUGCCCUGCAGUAAUACGCGCUGUCCAAAAGGUGACAGCCUGAUUUCCUUCCCCAGGCAGUGCGGAGAACUCCUAUACUGGAGAAGACUUUUAUCUAACCGUGGAGGAGAUAACUAUUGUGCCACUGACUUGUUUUCCCCUCUCAUCUGCCAUGGUAAUUGGGAAGGCAAACUAGCAGUGGAGGCUGAAUGUUUCCUUCAUCUCUUCCUCAUCAUUCCUAUCCUUCCUCCCCUCUCCCUCCUGUUGACGUUUUGAUGUGCAAAACACUUUUCACUUCAGAAGCUGCUGUGCUGGGUAGUGGAAAAGAAAACAAAACCCUAGUUAUUAGUAGCUGUUACUAUUUACUAUAUUUUCUGCUAUGUCUUCCAGCAUACCCUCCUCCACAGCAGGAAAUGAGGGGAUGCUGGGGAGGCCAAAAGCAAGAGAAAAGAGCUUAAUUAUACAAACAAAUGUGUUCAUGGGAGUCUUGAGUCUUGGAGGCCCCGAAACUUGCAGACCACUUUGCCUAGGGCAGAAAAUUAAAGCCCGUUGGCUCAUUCUCAGUUAAUGGGAAACGACAUUCCCAUCCUUGUGGGCUGGUGGUUGCGUGCAUCUCGUAUAUUUAGAUGCUGAGAUGCACUGUGCCUCAUUUUAGAAGUAUCCAGUCUCGGUAAACAUUUUCUCUUUGAAUGUUGUAAUUUGAAACUGCUGAAACAACCUCUCUCUUCUAGAUGCAUUGAUAGCAUAGGCAGGAUCAGGGUAGCUUGGGGUUAAACGCUGCUGGCUGGACACUGUAACCUGGUUAGGGGUGCUUUUUCAAGCUGUUUCUUUGAGCUGUUGCCUCUACUCUUACCGUAGCGCUGUACAGUGUGGUGGUUUGUUUGUCUGGACCUUCAAUGUUUGUCCUCUGCACCCUCCUGUGGUCCCCCAAAGCUGGUUAUUCCCUAUGUAGUGCUUGGAGUUGAGCGUCUGCUCCCUGUCCAGAAUUUGGCCCUUUUUUCCGUUUUGGCAUCCGACUUGAAGCAUUUACGUCUCUACAGCAAUGCCGCAGACUCUGGUGUCCGUCUGAAUUCCCUUUGGUGUCUGUCCUGCAGUUGUUGUCUCGGACACCUGACCACAGGAGAGCUGAACCGAGAGGUGCAGACAGCCCUGGGCUGGAAAGGAGCGUCUGCGGGGUGAUGAACACGGACCGCACACGUGUUUUAAUAAGCAAGUCAAACAUUGACUAGUCCUGUGUUGAGCCCGUGGUGGUUACAGGCAUCGUUCCUGGACUCUGGUGAUUCCCCAUCCUGCUCUUUUCUUUACAGCUAAAUGGAUGAUCUUUGUUCAGCCUGGAGUGUUAAUUUUCUUCCUUGGCAUAAAUCAUCUUUGAUAAUUUCUGGGUUGAUACGUAAGCCCCAUGCUGUACAUAAAUGAAUGAGUGAUACGAGGAAUAUCUGCAAAUGUAGUUAUGUUGUAUGUAAUGUACAUAAGGAGAGAAUGUAUUUUGUUCAUUUUUUUCUUAAUAAAAAUGUAUAUGCUAG